AUGGAUUUCCCUCAAAAUGAUAGCAACCUAUGGAAAAGAUUAAAAGCCAAACGACAGCAACGGCAAAAAGUCUUUCGAAAAAUUGUCAAACUACAGUGUCGUCAAGAAUUUUGUGAUUUGGAUACCUUUCAUCGAGCCAUGAAACCAUGUCUUUUUGUGGCCCAAAUGUUUGGUCUUAUGCCUUUGGUCAAUUCCAUGAACUGCAAUCCCUAUACAGUGGCAUUUAAAAUUCCCAGUCUUACAAGCACUUCAAGUUUUCUGCUCUUCAUAUUUGCUACUUGGAAAAUCAUCCAUGUAUCGGUGGUCAUGCUCACCAAUGGUAUAACACCGAAAAAUGUCAUUGGUUUGGUCUUUUACUUCAUGUGCCUGUCAAUAUUUUUGAAUUUUCUUAAUUUGGCCAGACAUUGGCCUGAAUUAUUGGUGCACUGGACUCGCAUCGAUUUGAUGUUCUCAAUGCCACCCUAUCCGCAGCCCAAGUGGAGCCUGCAGCAACAAUUGCGCACAUUAACUGUGGUAUUUUGGACUACAGCAACGGUGGAAAAUUGCCUUUAUUAUGGCUCGAAUUAUUACAACUUUAUGAUGAAACGUCUGCAAUGUUAUCCCGAGGAUACAAAACACUCAUAUAAGGACUAUUUGAUCAUGGAUUUGUUGAACGAUGUCUUUACCUAUUUUCCCUAUCACCUUGUUGUGGCAGUCUGUGGCUUUUUCCUGAACAUUGGCUUUACAUUCACUUGGAACUUCAUGGAUUUCUUCAUAAUGGCCAUCAGUUUGGCCUUGACAACACGUUUUCAGCAAUUUGCACAACGCAUUGAAUUUCUGUCUGGCUGUUACAUUCCCGAUCCUUUGUGGAAUCAAAUACGCCGCCAUCACAUAAUGCUCUCCGAAUUCAUGGAGACCAUCAAUAAGCACUUGUCCACUUUGGUCUUUAUGUCAUCCCUCAACAAUAUGUACUUCAUAUGUAAUAUCCUCUUGAAUAUUUUUACAAAACUUCGCUAUCCCAUCAAUUAUGCAUAUUUUUGGCUAUCGCUCAUAUUUCUGCUCAUGCGCACCACAUUUGUCUUUAUGUUUGCCUCCAAGAUAUACGAGGCCUCACUGAAACCCCUAAACACUUUGUAUUUGGUGCCCAGUGGAUGUUGGACGGAGGAGGUGCAACGAUUUCGGGCACAAAUUUUAAAUGAGUCCAUUGGGUUGACAGGGAAGCAUUUCUAUACGCUGACCAGGCAAGGCUUGUUUGGGAUGAUGUCUACCAUACUGACAUAUGAAUUUAUGCUUCUGCAAUUAGAUGCUAAAAGUCGUGAAACUGCCCUACCGGAUCUUUGUGCCUAAAAAACGACUAAAACGAAAUUUUUUGUAGAGUUUAAAAACGUGGUGAAAAGCAACGACUUUUUUUUAGUACAACGAACAUAUUCAAACCUUAACAAAACUACAAAAAUAGCAGCCUACAGCUUAAAACAGCUAAAAGUGUGCUAAGUUUCUUGGGAACUUGAGAACCCUCAUCCCUCAGAUCCAGCAACUCUGCGACUAAGAUGGGUGGGUCCAGAGGGAUCUGGGUCUGAAUCGAGUGGGUCAAAGAGAGAAAUUUUACAUCAUAAGCAUUUGUAAUUGUUUUUUUGUUAAAUAAAUGAAGCGUGCGAAAAUUCA